AUGUCUGCUGCUAAAAGAACUUUGAGAUCUGCCUCAAUCGUGAGAGAUUUCCCACAAGAUGGUGAUAAAUUGGGACCCAUAAAUGAUGAGGAUAUCCCAUCCACUCCAAAGAAGAAAAGAGUUAGACAGAGUGCAACGCCGAAAAGUCCAAAAAAGAAGACCUCAUUCAAGCAAAGAGAAGCUGAACUAUUACUCCAGUACCCUAUUCCUUCAGAUUUGUCACUUCCAGAAUCCUUCAAAUCUCUACACCAACCUGAAUUUGUCAAAGGUCUUAAACAUGUUUUAACUAUAGAUCCGUCAUUGUAUCCAUUAAUUGUUAGUCAACCAUUUGGACCUUUCCAUCCAUCUGAAAAACCUUCUAAUACAGACCAGGGCCAUUUUGAAAAACUAUGUAGAAGUGUUAUUGGUCAACAAGUGAGUGGGGCUGCAGCUAGAUCAAUCGAAGCCAAAUUUGUUGGUGUUUUCAAUGAUAAAGGUCAAUUCCCAACACCACAAGAGGUUAUAAAUACUAAAGAUGAAACUUUAAGAAGCGCAGGAUUAUCAGUUAGGAAAACUGAAUAUAUUAAAUCUAUUUGUCAAAAUUUUAUUGAUGGGGAAAUUUCACAAAAAAUCUUUGAAAAUUGUUCAGAUCAAGAUAUCUUGGAGAAAUUAGUUAGUAUCAAAGGUAUAGGAGAGUGGAGUGCAAAGAUGUUUUUAACUUUUGCAUUACACAAAUUAGAUGUUUUUGCAAGUGAUGAUCUUGGUGUUGCUAGAGGGAUUUCAAGAUAUCUUGAAUCAAGACCAGAAAUUUUGCAAAAGGCACAAAAAGAAGUUGACACAUCAAUUCAAAAAAAGAAGUCCAAGUUUGAUGAUGGUAAAAAGAGAGAUUGGAAAAUCAUUCAUGAUCUUUAUGUUCAGCAUAUAGCAAAAGAUUAUGCCCCAUAUAGAUCUCUAUUCAUGUUGAUUUGUUGGAGAGCCAGUUCCACAAAUGUUGAUGUCUUGUCAGAAACUUCCACAACUACAUCCAAAUAA